AUGGCCAACCCAAAGAAGAGUAUAUUAAUCAUAGGUGGCGGUGCCGUUGGUGCCAUUGCUGCUCUCAACCUCGAAGCAGGCGGUCUCGCUACGGUCACGAUCGUGCUCAGGUCGAACUAUAAUGUCGUAAAAGAGCACGGAUACCACAUCGAGAGUUGCGAUCACGGGGUCUUGGAGGCUUGGAGACCUAGUGUAGUGCGCAAGACCGUUCCCAACAUCACCGAAGAAGAAUUACAGCCAUACGACUAUGUUAUUCUGGCUACGAAAAACAUUCCCGACAUCUCACCCAACGCACUCGACCUUGUGACCCCCGCUUUGCCCAAAAACAGCAACCGCACAACUCUUCUCCUCUACCAAAAUGGCCUUAACAUCGAGAAGCCCUUCGUUACCUCCCAUCCAAACAUACCUGUUCUUUCUGGCAUAUCCAUGAUCGGUAGUGAUGAGCCCUCCCCGGGCCACAUUAUCCACGGCGAGGGUGAGAAGCUAAAGGUUGGUGCGUUUAAGACUUCAAAUAUCAACCCUGCCGUUGGGGAGAGGAGAGCGCAGGAGUUUGUCGAGUUGUACGGGAAGAGUGGGAAGACAGAUGUCACGUAUAGUCCGGAUGUGCUAUAUGACCGAUGGAAGAAGCUUGUGUAUAACGCUAGUCUCAACCCUAUCUGUGCGAUCACGGGGCUGGACUCUGGGAGGAUACGACUUGCGGAUGGAGGAGUGGAGGGCUUGGUGAAGCCUGCAAUGAAAGAGAUUGUUGCCGCGGCGAAAGCGUGCGCAGGGGUGGAGUUGGAUGAGGGCAUCGUGGAAUGGACGAUUAAUGCGGAUCCGUUGGAGAGCUAUUUGAAGCCGAGUAUGCAGCAGGAUUUGGAGAAGGGCAACUUCAUUGAAUUUGAAAACCUAGUAGGCGAGCCGCUUAGGGAGGGCAAGAAUGCGGGUGUCCCAAUGCCGACCCUUGAAGUGCUAUAUCAGCUUGCGAGGGCGAUACAAUGGCGAGUUAGAGACGAGAGAGGCUUGGUAGACAUUCCGAAGAAGAGUGCGGACGGAUCAGAGACAACGAUAGGCUGA